AUGGCGGUAUUUUGAUGUUUUGACUAAAUUGAUUGUUAGCUUAUAUGUUGAGGUAAUUGUGACACGUACAUUAGGACACCUGGUUACAGCAGACCUCUCUUGGUGAUCAAUAAUGAGAACCAAGCCUUCAAUCUGGCUAAAGAUUUAGUAAUGGUUGACGACGAAAGUUCUUCGCCGGAGUGGUGUUUUGGCCGCAGACUCUCCGCUCUGCAAAACGCUUCUUGCGCUGAGGAUGAGAUCGUUGCCUUAGGACAGUUAAGGGAGACGCUUCUUCCCACUGGCGAUAAAACGUCUUUGGAUGAGGAUCAUUGCGAGAAAGAAUGGCUUCGCUCAGGUUUAGAUAACAUAGUGAAUCCUUUCCCGGCCAAAACACCUGAAACCUGUAUACCUUCUCAAGAUGAUCUUGAUUCGUUUACUUUCUAUCUUUUCGAACGACGAUUUGGUUGGUCGGAGUUUACAGCGAACUUAGACGAUCUACAUACAGAAGCAGAUGAGCAUUUAGUUCGUAGGGGAUCGUCUGGGUCUGUUCGAAUUCAGGAUGAAUCCAAGUUUAAAGCGAAGCUGAAUGAGUUACUAGACGAAUUUCUGAAGUGGUAUCUUGCCCAAGUUAACCUAACGGAAAAUCUUUUGAGUAGUUUUAAAUAUGCAGUUGCUAAAGCUCAUAAUAUGCCAGUGGUUAGGAAUCAGACAUUUGUGCAUAUCAUGGACUGGCUAAAGCUUGCUAGCUCAGAUAAUGGAGUGGAUAGCAAAGUGUUUCCUUUAGUCAAGGAUGUUGUUUUGGCUGGAAUCACUGAUAUCUGGUCAGCAAUCAGGAACACUUGUGUGGCUAAGUUGUCAAAACUUUUGGAACUUUUUACAAUGCUACAAGUGGAAGAAUUCUUUCAAAGUUUAGUAAAGAUUUGUCUGGGAAAGGAAACAUCCUGGCAGGCCAAAGAGGGAGCAGUGAUGUGCAUGACUGCUUUGGUGUGCCAGUUUCUCUGGAGUGGAGUUGUAUCACCUGGGAAGGAGUCUAUGCAUUCAGAAGGACCUCGAUACAUGCUGAAGUUUGGGUUGACAAUUUUGACAUCACUGCCAGAAUUUAUCAUGUCCUCUGUCCACUCUGUUCUGUUCUCUCUGCUUGUUCAUCCACAACUUAGCAUCAGGGAACACACAACUAAAGCAAUAUCUGCAAUAUUGUCAAGGUGUGAGUUUGAGGUUGCAUUAUCAUCAUUCCAAGAAGUAAUCAACAGAUUGUGCCAUGGAACACAGGAAGGCAACAAGGAUAUCAGUGAGAGCAUAACUGAGUUACCCCACCAUGCAGUGUUAAGACAGCACUUUAGGUUCCUCAAUGCCCACGAAGCUGAAGGCUUAUUAGGAGUUUGUAUCUUCUUGAUCAAGCAUAUCCCUCCAGGUUAUCUGUUGCCCAAAUGGCCUCUAUAUUUCUCAACACUAAAUCUUUACCUGAUGCAUCCAGCUUCCACUGUGAGGCAGGCAACAAGUGUUGCCUUUAAAUAUCUCGUUGCUAAAGACAGCAGUAAUCCUGUGUUCUUAAAGCUUGUCCUUCAAGGACUAGCGGCUGACUGGAAGGUUGAGAAUGACUUGUUAAUGGCAAACCUAAAGUCAAGCCAUGCCCCUGAUCAGUUUGAGCCAUUCACAUCAAACACUACUCUUAACCCUGAAGAUGAUGCUGGUGCUUGUGGAUCUGAAAGUCAAGUUCCAUUUAUACGCACCCCUAGUCCAAUGUCAAGCCCUGAUUUAUGCUAUGCCUCAGCUGACUCUCUAAGUAAUGUUGGACCUGAAGCCCAGUGUGGCUCAUCUUCUGCUCAGACUGGGAUGUCACCAGUGCCACCUAACAAAUCCACAAGGACAAGUAUUCGGCAAGUUGCAAAACUGUUGGCAGAUGGUGCAUCGCCUGAUUUCUUAAUGUCUGAGAGCUGGGAAUGGAGAGAAGGAAGACUGUUGGCUUAUGAGCUCAUUUUAAAGUUCUUAAUAACAAACCACAUCCAUUAUGUGUUUCCUACAUAUGUCCUCCCUGUAUCAAAAGCCUCUGCAUCAUCAUCUUCAGUGGAUGAAACUCUUAUCAACAGUUUGUCAAACAAAGCUUCGCCUAAUCAUUCUUUGUUUGUCAGAGACAGAUCAAAGUCAGAUGUGUCGCCUAAAUCACAUCCUUUAUGUGUGAAGAGCAAUAGUAUCGGUAUGAUAAACUCCGCGUCAUCUGGAAUGCUGUACACCACAACAACCAUUAAGGAAGGAGAGAGCGGCUCCUUGGAAAAAAUGCAAGAAAGAACAGAAUCAGUUCAGGGCACGGACACCAGGAAAAGCAAAUUCCCCACAAAAGCGAAAGCAAAGAGAGCAUCAUCUUGUGUUGCUGUCGAAGCUGAUACUCACACAAAACAACUCAUCAGACAGUACUCUGUGGCAACGCCUCACAUUUCACCUAAGAGACCUUUUAGACUUCCACGAACGAGCACGUUUGCUCUGGGUAAUUCAUUACUCAAUCAGACGAAAGCUUUGGAUGCAGAACAGCCCUCCACUGAGGAUCUUUCUGUCGAAAUAAUGUUCCGGUGUUUAAAAUCUCCUUUUGGAUGGAGCAGCUCUCGAUCCGGGGAAGGUUCAUCCAACAAGGUGUCUCUUAAUUUAUCAACGUUGGUCUCAGACGAAGAUCCUCAAUGGACGAACGCUCUUCAACUGGGGCCACUUUCCUCUGUCUUAUCGCAAGUAUUUCUGCAGACCGUAGAAUGUUUAGCUGAUACCAGAUGGGAACUGCGUCGAAUGGGGCAACAGGUUCUUCCGCUGGCUACAGAAGUGGUUCGCUGGUUUGACAUGAAACCAUUAGAAAUCCUAUGGGACAAUUUCCUGUCACGUGAUCACACCCUGUUGUGUUAUGGCAGCUGUAUUGCCCUCAGGUAUUCCAUUCUCCAUGCUGGUCGCCUGAUGCAUUUCUUGGAGCAGCCUCCGCCGAGUUGGAAGGAUCCAGAGAGCUGUGGUCGGGCUGCAUUGACAGUUGUGGAGGAAAUUAAACGAGGGCUGAAGAGGUGGCUACAUCAGGUGUACGAUCUAUUCACAGAUCCAUGUUUUGAUAAGCUGUCAGUUGUCGCCAUGGAAACGAUUAUGAUGUCUCACAUUUGUUUUCCUUAUGAACCGGACAACUUUGACCAGAAACUCAGAGGGGAAGAAAUUGUUUUAAACAAAAUACUCCUUCUUUAUGCCCAUUCGUAUCCAGAAAGUCCUAUAGGGGUUGUGCUGAGGAAACAAUCUCGUUUGGAUGCUGAUUCUUCGUAUAUUCCACCGUCCGACGGUUUUCUCAGUUUUUCAACGAGAGCGGCUACCGUACAACAGCAUGCACUGCAGGCCAGCAAAUUCCUGAUCUCCGAAGUACAUUCAGUUCUCCCAAGGUUCCUGAAAGAUUGCGAUGCUGACCAGUUGAUCAUGAUCUUCCCAGUGCUAGUUCAUUAUAUUGCACAAUUCUUUGAGGAUUCUGCUGUGUGCAGAGCACUGCUGGAUGGAUUGUACAUUAUAUUGUACCGGGUGGAGGAAAUGCACAUGCAGGGAGACACCGGAGACGAUUUACACUCGCUGGUGCAGACCUAUCUGGAUUUUUCCCUUCUUGGCCUCAGAGAAGUGAUUAACACGAAGGAACUGGAGUUACAAGUGGUGCGAGAGGUCCUAGAAGUGUUCAUUAGAGUGUGCAUUUUUCUUGAUCAACCCACAUUUCUCAGCUUUGUGUUUAAAGCCAUCAGUAACAGGCUGGACUAUGAACCUGACUUGGUGCGUCUUAUGAGUGAGGAGGAAGGAAGCAGCAGGUUGAACGAGACACCUGAUUUACUGAUCUUGUCUAACGAUAUACCGACCAGUCCCGCUGAGGAGCUCGUCAUAACAGGCGAAGACGAGGAGGAUCCUGACGCUGGUCGUGUAAUGCAAGAGUCAGUAGCUCUAGACACUUCACAUGAGAGUAGUCGAGGUACAACACGAUUGCCCAGCCCAGAAGUAAGCGCGGACAAUGAAGAAUUCUCUGACUGGGACAGCUGGGAAGAUGAAAACGAGAAUGAAACUGUCCUUAUGAGGUUGUUUUCGGAAUUUCUGCGUCAAAUAAGUCAAGUCUAUCAAUCAAGAAGCGCGGAAGGCUAUUCUGUAUUUCGAGGAGAACUUCUCAAGUGUGGGGAUACAGAUCAGAAGGCCAUAACGAACAUAAUGUCGUUCCAAGGUUGACAGACCUGAGUCCCGCUUACUUGGUAAACAUCACUGGAGUGUGAGUUGAAAAUGUCUGAUUGAUGGCACCGAUUCUUAAACGAAUGACUGACUGCCGCAAGAAAUGAAACGAAGCUGAUGGAAGGAUGGAAUGUUCCCGUGUUGUUUCACUUGCUUCAUCAGAGAGACAAAACGGAAAGUGUGUGCAAUUUGUCUACGUGACUUGUUGUCUGUCGUUUGAUAAUGUUUCCUGACAUAAAUGAAUCACGGUUUGGCUUUUUGUAGUUUGUUUGCAAGUGUACAGCUGUUUACAACAAUAUGUUGUAGUUGCUACUCUGUACGCAGCCAGGUAGCGGUUGAUAACACACGAACCGAAGUUAAUACUCAUUGAAGGAUCGUUUUUGUCAGUCUCAUUUUUUAUAAUAAUAGACGUUUUGCCAAAUCUAGGGAUGCCUGGAUUUUUAUUAAAGAGAGGAAGGAGCUUAAGAGCACCAGAGCGUAAGAUAAACUUACAAUCUUAUCGUCAUUUUUCAAAGACGUGUAUCCGCCUUCCAUUUAAUUUUUAGCACGAGGUAAUUGGACAUCAUUAAAAUGUUUGUGGCUACUCCUCAAUAGGAAAGAGCAGAAAGGAUAGUUCAUGACUCGCGUUGAAAACGCGAAAGUUACUUGUUUGAAGAGCGGCACCUUUUGAAAGUUGAGCUCUGGGUUACAAGACUGAGAGGCAUGGUGUUGGAAAUAUUAGGGGUAACUGCUGCAUUGACCCUAAAGAACACGUAGCGUGUUAACAAUAUUGGUGUGGAUUUUGUGGUUCAAAGGGAAGGUUAGAUGGUCAUUCAACAUCCUAAUUAUCAUGUUGGUAUCUUUCCAGUAAAACAUCUGAAAUAAAUGUUUAUGUCAGUUAAUGGCC